GCUAAACAACGUUACAAAUUUAAAACCCUCAAACGCAAACUCCUCUGCACCGCCAUACCGAAAUCGCACGGCAAGCAUUGACACAGAUUCUUGGGUUCUACUCGCACAGAGAGAGAAAGAGCAUACGAGUAUCCAAGCUCUCUAGGGUUUUUGGCCUUGUAGAAUACCUAAAGAUGGGGAAGAACGAGAAAACGGGGCUAGGAAGGGCCCUCGUGAAGCACCACAACCAGAUGAUCCAACAGUCCAAAGAUAAGGGCCGCUUCUACAACAGCCAGCACAAGAAGGUCCUCGAAUCCGUCACUGAAGUCAACGACAUUGAAGCUGUUAUCGAGCAGGCCGACGAGGCCGCCCGCCUCUUCUCUGCCGACAACCCUAUCCCCAACCUCCUCGUUGACCCAGACUCAAGCUCUAGCAUCAGUCAAAUGACACCUAAAGAAAGGAGAGAUCAACAAAAGAAAGAGGAGGCAUUGCAUGCCAGCAGUCUUCGUGUUCCACGCAGGCCACCAUGGAACGCUAAAAUGUCUGCGGAAGAGCUAGAUGCAAAUGAAAGACGAGCCUUUUUAGUUUGGCGUCGCAGCCUUGUGAGACUUGAGGAGAAUGAGAAGCUUGUUCUUACUCCAUUUGAGAAGAACCUAGAUAUUUGGAGACAGCUUUGGCGGGUGCUUGAGCGCAGUGAUCUGCUCGUGAUGGUGGUUGAUGCAAGGGACCCACUUUUCUAUCGUUGCCCUGAUCUUGAGGAAUAUGCACGAGAAAUUGAUGAGCACAAAAGAACUUUACUUCUUAUUAACAAAGCAGAUCUUUUGCCAUCUUCUAUCAGAGACAAGUGGGCAAAAUAUUUUCGCCUUCAUGGGAUUCUUUUUGUAUUCUGGUCAGCUAGGGCUGCUUCUGCCGCUCUUGAAGGAAAAAAACAUAGAUUUCCAUUGGAGAUGCAGAAUGACCUGCAAGAGUUUGAUGAUGCUCAUACGAAGAUAUACAGCAGGGACGAGCUGUUGGCCCGUUUACAGUCUGAAGCAGAGGAGAUAGCAAUGACAAGGAGGAAAUCAUUCUCCAAUCAUGUUCAUUCACCUGGUGAAAAUGCCGCACCAAAUACAGCAUCUGGAAGUGUGAUUGUGGGAUUUGUGGGGUACCCUAAUGUGGGGAAAAGCUCAACAAUCAACGCUUUGGUUGCAGAGAAGCGUACAGGCGUCACCUCAACUCCAGGGAAGACAAAGCAUUUUCAGACGUUGAUAAUAUCUGAUGAACUAACGCUUUGUGACUGUCCUGGAUUAGUAUUCCCAUCCUUCACAAGCUCAAGAUAUGAGAUGAUUGCUUCUGGUGUUUUACCAAUUGAUCGAAUGACUGAGCACAGGGAGGCUGUGCAGGUUGUGGCAAACCGAAUUCCUAGGCAUAUAUUUGAGAAUGUUUAUAAAAUCACUCUUCAAAAACCCAAGCCAUAUGAACCACAAUCUCGGCCCCCUUUGGCAUCGGAAUUAUUGAGAUCAUAUUGUGCCUCUCGUGGCUAUGUUGCCUCCAGCGGACUGCCUGAUGAAACAAGAGCCGCUCGGCAAAUUUUGAAGGAUUACAUCGAUGGCAAGUUGCCUCACUUUGAAAUGCCUCCCGGAAUGUCAAAUGAUGAUAAUACUGGAUUGGAGGUUGCAGCCGUACCUAGCUCGUCCCACGCCCAUGAAUCAGAUUCAUCCGAUACUGAAAACCCUACAGACAGUGAAGAUGAGAGUGCACCUAAUCUAGAGCAUGUACUGAAUGAUUUGAAUUCUUUUGAUAUGGCAAAUGGACUAGCUUCCAGGAAGGAUACUGUUAAGAAAAAACCUGCAAAUGCUUCCCAUAAACAGCAUAAGAAGCCUCAGAAGAAAAAGGACCGCUCGUGGAGGGUCCGGAAUGAUGAUGCUGACGGAAUGCCAGUUGUGAAAGUCUUUCAUAAACCAGUGAAUACAGGUCCUUUGAAGGUUGGCUAGGUCCGUCCCACGUUGAGCACUAUCUUCUCCAGAUGGUUCCUUGGGUGGAUCCUGCAAAUUCUCUACUUGGCUGCUGCUGUUGUCUGGUUUGGCUAUUGGUAUGCCUGCAUCUACCUCUCUACUUGUUUCGCAGUGAAUGGAUGCAUUUAUGUAUUCUUUUCCCCUUCUUGUUGCCUAGGGGCUUAAUGGCAUAAACUUAUCAUGGUUCAUAGUUUUGCAUACAACUGAUUUGUCGUAUCUCACCUAUACAUGGAAUCUGCUACACGUUCAUGUGACAAUAGCAUGUGUAGCCUCCCUCGUUAAUGUUGCAUGCCCUUUUUAUACCAAACAUCUAGGAAACAACCUUUAUGCGGAUUAUUUUGUCCCUAGUGCACCAUGCUCUGCGAGUAUCGGGAAGGGUUUUAAGACUUUGCCUCUAAAAUUGAUUGUAAAUAGUCCUUGUCUUGGCUAGUUAUGGUUGAAAAUUGAGGCAAUAUGUUACUUUUGCUGGAGGGCUGACUGAAAUUGUUUUAUGCAAACAAUCAAUUGCUGCCAUUUGUGAUUUGUUUUUC